GGAAAACAUAACAAAUCCCAUAAUUUUAUGAUCAAAUUCAAUCACACAAAAAAAACUGAUAAAAAAUUGUCCAACUUCAUCACCUUCCUUGAUCCCUAAGAAACCAAAAAUUGUCCAACUUCAUCACCUUCCUUCAUCAAGAUUCCAUUUUUGAUCCUUCACACAAUUCCAUAUUACAGUGCCCAAUAGAGCGUUAGAUCCAAUUCUCAGAUUUUCUUCUUCCAAAAAGUUGAAAAAGAAAUCACUCGCCAUUGUCCUUGAGGCUCGAUUGCUUCGAGUAUUCAGUCCGAUUCUCAGAUUCCGUGUCGAUUUUCGAGUCUCUGAAUCGCAGUUUGGCAAUGGCGUCGCAGGCUGAUUACGAGAAAAUGCAGCUUCGUCAGAAUUACAGCAACUUAUGGCAUACAGAUCUCAUGGGCACCAUCGCCGCCGAUCCCCCUUAUUGUUGUUUUUCUAUAUUCUGUGCCCCAUGCGUUUCUUUUCUUCUACGCAAACGAGCUCUUUACAACGAUAUGUCGAGAUACACAUGUUGUGGGGGCUACAUGCCCUGCAGUGGCAAGUGUGGAGAAAGUCAGUGUCCUGAAGCUUGUCUAGGCACUGAGGUGUUUUGUUGCUUUGCAAAUUCGGUUGCAUCGACACGUUUCAUGUUGCAAGACGAGUUCAAUAUACAGACAACAGAGUGUGACAACUGCAUCAUCGGCUUUAUGUUGUGCCUCUCGCAAUUGGCUUGCAUAUGCUCCAUAAUUGCUUGCUUACUUGGGAGUGAAGAACUCCAAGAGGCCUCAGAUAUAGUGUCCUGUUUAUCUAAUCUUGUAUACUGCACCGUUUGUGCGUGUAUGCAGGUAAGCUCGAACUUUGAAAAGCUUUAGGUAACAGACGCAACACAAGCUUGAGUUGGAUAGAAGAGAUGGCAAGUUUGGACCCCAACCAGCCAUGGCAGUGCCUCCUACAC